AUGUGUGCCGCCGUUGAAGCCUCGGUGCAAGAGCCCGUCAUCAACGGUGCGGGCAAGAAGGACGACGGCAUGCUCACAGCGUCGUUUGAGGCAACGCAGCUCUUCAACGACGAUGGCCGACAGCAAGGAUUCGCACCGGGGUCCGCGGCCAGGGCGAUGCCGGGACUGCGGGAACAGCGGAAGACGCGCCAGUUCUGCGACGUCGUUUUCCGCGCCACCGACGACGCGGAGAUUUGGGCGCAUCGCUUCGUGAUGUCUGCCAAAUAUUCCGGUUGCUCGAAGCUCUUUACUAUUGCUAAAGAGACCAUGCCUCCCGAGCAAAGGAAGCAGGUGGGAUGUCCGCCCAUCAGAGCUGUGAUGAAGGACCUGGAAGGCGACAUGAUCGAGCUGCUGGUUGACUUCGCCUACCACAUACCGCUGCACAUGCGCAUCGGCACGCACAACAUCGUGAAAGUGCUCGAACUCGCCGAGAGACUGAAGCUGUUCCAGAUUCGAGAUCACUGCCUGAAGACCUUGCAGCGCGACCUGGAACCAGAGAACUGCAUCGAAACUUAUCACCUGGCCACCAGGCGCGGAUACGUCUACCUCGCGGAAGAAGCACUUCGCUACACGGUUCGCCACUUCGAUCAGGUGUGGAAAAGCAGCGCGGACUUCGAGUCACUGACUCCAGAGGAGAUUCGGUCCAUCCUAGAAGACGACCGGCUUAACGCAUCGAGCGAGGUGGAGGAGACCUUCGAGGCUAUCCUCAAGUGGAUCUCCGCCGACGCAGCCGCGAGGAAGAAAUACCUCGCCAAGUUCCUGCCUCUUGUUCGCUUUGUACGGUGCAGCGUCACAGAAUUCGAGAAGGUUGUCACCCACCCAGAAGUUCAGGGUGACGAAGGCAGCCUGAACGUCCUGAACGUCAUCUAUCAGACACUGACCCGGCACUCCAUGAAGGUUGGCAAUGUUGCCGGCAUCGACCUGUCCCCGAGACAGUGGCUCAGGCCUCGCCUGCCCAUGGACAUCCUGUUCCUCUUCGGCGGUUGGAGUGCGGGCGCCGCCAGUAACAACAUGCACACCUUCAACUGCCGCGCCCAGAAGUGGCGCUUCAUGGGCAGCCAGCACACCGCGCCCAGGGCCUACCACGGUGUGGCAGUGAUCAACUCGUGCAUCUACCUCAUCGGCGGUUUCAACGGCCAUGAGGCCUACCACUCCGUCGCGUGCUUUGACGUGACCCUGGCCAGAUGGAGCGCCAAGGCGAACAUGGCGUACGCGCGCUACUACGUCAGCGUUGCCGUUCUGCAGGGCCACAUAUAUGCCAUGGGUGGUCGCGACAGGAGCUCGCGGACAAAGACGGUCGAGCGCUACGACGUCAAGACGAACCAGUGGUCCAUGGUGGCCGACAUGAACGAAGUCCGCAGCGGCGCGAGCGCUGCAGCAGCUCGUGGGCGCAUCUACAUCGCUGGUGGCUUCACGGGUAUCACGGUAUUGGACAGCGUCGAGUGUUACGACCCCUCGACGAACGUCUGGACCCGGAUUGCCACCAUGGCAUCUCCACGCAGCAGCGCUGGGAUGGUCGCCUACAAGGACAUCCUGUACAUCUUUGGCGGCUACAAUAACACUGGGAUACUCUCCAGCAUGGAGCAGCUCGACGUCAGAACGGGUCGCUUCUCCGAGCUACCCAGCAUGUCCCAAGCCAAAGCCCAAUUCUCCGCGGCUGUCCUGGAUGGCUGCAUCUACAUCAUGGGCGGCUGGAAUGGUAUGACGAGAACGCAGCUGGUGGAGAGGUACGACAUCGCCGCCCGCACGUGGUGCACGGCGCCACCGAUCAGUGACAUCCUGAUCGUCUCCGCCGCCUGCGUCGUUCGGGACAUCGCCGACCCCGCUUCCUGGAUCUAG